UUUAUAUCUUCCCUUCUCUUCCCUAUUUGUCUGCUGACUGCAACCCUAAUUACCUCUUCUUUCUCCACCGCCAAAUGUGCCCUCGUUCUCUCUUUUUUCAUCCAUUGCUCUAACAAGCUGCCAACCACCGCGUUUAUCACCGCUGCUGUUGGUGAUUGUAACCAUUUCCAACACACGCGGAGGAGCUUCAUAAAUCGAUUAUUUAUCACGAAAACUAGAAAAAAAAGAAGAGGAAAAGCCCAAAGAUCACUGCCGGAAUAAGCUUUUAAUUGUGUGACCUCUACUGUUAAAAAGGGUUCUGGAGUGGAGUCAAGCUGUUCGUGGAUAUUGAUAUUGAUAUUGGCCUAAUUAUUCUUCAUUUUUAGACCUUUUUUAAAGCGUAUGGCUGUCCACUCUAGAUUUCGGCUGAUUGCCUACUCACAAGAGCUUGUAGAUGGACAGCCAGUCUAUGUUGCUUCAAAUUCCCUUCCAAUUAAGGCUUCAAAAUUUGAACCUGCUGGGCAUUCAUUUCACGCUGUUGCUCUCAAACUACUUGGUUGUGAGGAGGAAGAUGCAGACAGUGAAGAUCAGAAAGUAUCCAGUGAGAAGGAUCAGGCAUAUAUACCAUCAUAUGAUUCUUAUAGUAGCAAGGGUAAAAAGAAAUCUGGCACUGGGGACAAGCAACAAGAUCACUAUGCCUUGUUAGGUUUGGGCCAUUUAAGAUAUCUUGCCACAGAAGAACAGAUAAGAAAAAGCUAUCGUGAGGUUGCUUUGAAAUAUCAUCCGGACAAACAGGCUGCUAUACUUCUUGCUGAGGAAACUGAGGCUGCAAAACAAGCCAAGAAGGACGAAAUAGAGAGCCACUUCAAAUCCAUCCAGGAAGCAUAUGAAGUUUUGAUUGAUCCUCUGAAGAGAAGAAUAUACGACUCGACAGAUGAGUUUGAUGAUGAAAUUCCCACUGACUGUGCACCGCACGAUUUCUACAGGGUUUUUGGGCCUGCUUUUAUGAGGAAUGGACGGUGGUCAGUAAACCAGCCAAUCCCAUCUCUCGGUGAUGAUAACACUCCUUUGAAAGAAGUUGAAAGCUUUUAUGAUUUUUGGUAUGGCUUUAAGAGCUGGAGAGAGUUCCCACAUGCUGAUGAAUUUGAUAUUGAGCAAGCCGAGUCUCGUGAGCAUAAGAGGUGGAUGGAGAGGCAGAAUGCAAAACUCACAGAGAAGGCAAGGAAAGAAGAAUAUGCAAGGAUACGCAAUCUUGUUGACAAUGCUUAUAGAAGAGAUCCAAGAAUAUUGAGAAGAAAGGAAGAGGAAAAAGCUGAAAAGCAGAGAAAGAAAGAAGCUAAAAUUUUGGCAAAGAAGUUGCAAGAGGAAGAAGCUUUAAGGGCUGCUGAAGAGGAGAAACGCUGUAAAGAGGAGGAGGAAAGGCGUGCUGCUGAAGCUGCUUUACAACAGAAGAAGAUCAAGGAGAAAGAGAAAAAACUUCUGCGAAAAGAACGAACUCGUCUUCGAACACUUUCAGCUCCUAUUUUGUCCCAGCGUCUGCUUGAUCUUGGCGAGGAGGAUGUGGAAAAUCUUUGUUUGACAUUGGAUAUUGAGCAGCUGAGGAAUAUAUGCGAUAAGAUGGAUGGUAAAGACUUGCUAGAGCAAGCAAAAGUGCUCAGAGAUGCAAGUGGAUCAAGUCAUGAUUCUGAGAGCAAUAAACGAGCUGAGAAGAAAAAUCUGCAACAGAAUGGCACAGUAGUAUCAAAUGGAAGUGUCCCAUUAAGUAGCUUGGAAAAGAAAGAGAAACCUUGGGGGAAAGAAGAAAUUGAGCUCCUGAGAAAAGGAAUGCAGAAAUAUCCCAAAGGAACAUCUCGAAGGUGGGAGGUUAUUUCAGAGUACAUUGGUACUGGAAGAUCUGUUGAAGAAAUUCUGAAGGCAACGAAAACUGUCCUCCUUCAGAAGCCUGACUCUGCUAAAGCUUUUGAUUCUUUUUUAGAGAAGAGGAAGCCUGCUCAAUCCAUUGCAUCUCCACUUACAACUAGGGAGGAAAUAGGAGCAGCAGCAAUUAAACAAGGGCCUGAAAGCAGUGCUAAGAAAUUAGAUAAUUCAGAGGAAUCUUCUAGUAGAUCUGCAAAUAGCAAGAAUCCUGAUGAAGGGGUUGCUGAGAAUGGGGUGUCUUCAAGCUCAGAGCAAGAUGCAUGGUCUGCUGUACAAGAAAGAGCACUAGUUCAGGCCCUAAAAACCUUCCCAAAGGAAACCAGUCAGCGAUGGGAGCGAGUUGCAGCUUCUGUUCCUGGGAAGACUGUGAAUCAGUGCAAGAAAAAAUUUGCUUUGCUAAAGGAGAACUUCAGAAACAAGAAAAAUGCCGUUUAGUUUGUCAGAUAGGCCUUUAAGGUUGUUUUUGAGGUGGCAGAAUUGCAUGAGAUAGUUAUUGAUUAUCCCUUUUUUUUAAGAUUCCAUUCCUGUCCCCCCCGCUUGGAUAGAAAUCACUGAUGCUGUACUCGAGAAGAGAGUAAUUGCUAUCUAGUAUUACCAUCAAGCUUUCACCGACUGGCUUUUGCUGUAACGGCAGUUGACAGAUUACAGUUUUAGAGUCUAGACAUUUUCAGGUUGAAAGCCAUGGAUAGGGAAAUUUUUUUUGCCAGUCACUGCUGAAUAUCAUGUAAUAUUUUUGCCAGAUUAUUCUUAUUAUUACGGGAUUGUGGUUCCAUUAAGUUGAACUGAGAGUAGAAGAAUAUAUAUAUAUAUUAUACAUUUGGUUUCAAAAAUGAAGAAGUGAUGCUAGUUUCUUACGAGGCUAUUUCCUUGGUGAAGUAUUUCAGGUAUUCCUCAUUUACUUCAUCUAUAGAUUACUUUAGUUCUAUGUUUUAGUGAGCUGAUUCACCAGCUUCUCACACCGAGUGUAGUUUGGUUUCUUGGACAUUUAGUUUUAUGAAUAAUUUAGAGAACUUUUUUAUUCUUGCGGUGACCA